AAUGAUGCUAUCGGUGACUGGUGUUCUGUUUGUCCGCGUACCGACUUCGUAUAUUUCGGCGAACUGGAUUUUAUCGAACAGUGUAUCAGAGUGAGGUGGGAUUACAAAUACUUGGAGCAGAUGGAGCAUGAUUAUUGCUUGGAGUAUGAUGCAUUUUUCUGUGGUGCUGCGGAUUCUUGUUCUGGCUCUAGCAAUAGGAUUGGCAGUGACUGGUCCCGGCAAUGGUAAAGGCAAAAAGAAAUUAACCAUUAAAGAAAUAGAAAUAUUUCAUGAAAAUCCAGAUUACUCGGAAGUAAUUGAUUGCGAUGUGAAAUAUCUUAAUAAUGACGACACUGCGGUUUGGUCAUUAAAGUGGAAUGUUAAGAAGGACCUUGCCGACACCUGUUUGGGAUCGCUUGAGAGCUAUCGAAAAGAGAGUAAUGGCUGGGGAGUAUUUAUUUAUCGAGUUACUCCAACUCCAAUCAACAAAUUUUUGGAAAGUGAAGCCGCAUACCAGGAAAUCUGUGCUACUGGGAACUUCCCACCUAAGUUUCCGUUUAUAGCGGGUGAAUACUCAAUCAACGAAUACAAUUUCAAGCAACCAAGCAAUCUGGAUAUGGAAUGUAACGAUUAUAAAUUUGAAGUUAAUCUUACUGCCUUGGAAGGGCUCACAAAGGUCCCUGUUUUAGGAAUACGCAUGAUUAUUAAUGUUCAUCUUUAAAAUAAACUAGUGGAACUCCAACAGCACAUACGUUUACUAUUGUUACAUUGCAAUUUCUACCAUUACUUCCAAAACUGCCCCAAUUCUGCCCUCAUCAUUUAAAAAAAUCGAAACAAAUUCAAACAAAGCGCCAACGCUGCGAAUUUGCAAUUACUCUAAUAGUCAGGAACAGUAGCCCUUCCUUACUGCAGCAAAAUAAACAAACAUGAAUAGAUUUCAACUGAUAAUUUCACAUUUAAAUUGAACAUACUGAACUAAAGGCCAUCCAAUACAUCGCCUUGUGAAUUAAUAUAAAACUACCCUUUUAUUGAACGUAGAUACAUUGUAACAUUAACUUUAAGUAAAUAAAGCCUCUUUUCUUAUCGCUCCCCCAUCCAUGUGCACGUCCGACAAUGAAAUUCUUAGAGUAACUUCUCAAACUACCAUAUUGCUGCAUUCUUUGGCAAUACUACAUGAAAUAUAUUAAAUAAUUCAUAAUCAUCAUAAAUAAACCAAACUGCUACUAAUUAACUACCUAAAAAACGACUGUAAAAUUGUCGUACUCUAUAUUUUCAAUAUAUCAUUCAUAUUACUUUUAAAUCAUAUUUUAAGAGAAAAAAAUUAAUAGGAGAAAUUUCAGUUAACGUUUGCGGCUUGGUGGAAAGAAAAUACAUCAUUGCAUUGAGAAUACAAAUUGUAGGAUAUUCGAAUUAAUA